UAGUUAAAAAUGGCUCUUCUAUGAAUAAUAGACCCUUUGGUCUUAUCUUUUCUUUCUCACCGUCACCUAUGUCACUCGCUAGUUCCUCUCUCUGUCUUUUUCUUUUCCUUUCCAUCUUUUCCUGUAUCAAAUCCGACGAGCUUCAGAUAUUACUGACGCUCAAAACCGCCCUUCAAGGAUCAAACACUGAUGUAUUAGCUUCCUGGGUCUCAAAUAAUCACGUUUGCAAUUUCACAGGCAUCACUUGCAACUCAGAUAAUUUCGUCAAAGAAAUUGAGCUUUCUAAUCAACAAUUGACGGGAACUCUUCUUUUUGAUUCAAUAUGCCAGCUUCAGUCCUUGGACAAGCUCUCAUUUGGGUUCAAUUCUUUGUAUGGCACAAUCUCAAAAGAAUUGAACAACUGUACAAAAUUACAAUACUUGGAUCUUGGCAACAAUGGUUUCUCGGGAUCAUUUCCAAGCAUAUCGUCUUUCAGUGAAUUGCGCUAUCUAUAUCUGAAUAACAGCGGGUGUUCUGGCGUUUUUCCAUGGGCAUCACUUGAAAAAAUGACAAACCUGAUUUCACUGAGUCUCGGCGAUCAUAAUUUCUCUCCAACCCCGUUUCCAGUUGAAGUCUUAAAGCUGACCAAGCUGAAUUGGCUCUAUUUAUCAAACUGUAGCCUUCAGGGUCCAAUUCCAGCCGAAAUUGGAAAUUUAGGGGAGCUCAUAAACUUGGAGCUCUCUGCAAACAAUUUAACUGGCGAGAUACCAACAGAUAUUGGGAAGCUCAACAAAUUGUGGCAGCUCGAGCUUUACCAAAACAGAUUGACAGGACAACUUCCUGUUGGAUUGAGAAACUUAACUAAUCUUCAACUUUUUGAUGUGUCAACCAACUUUCUUGAAGGCAAUUUGUCUGAAGUGAGGUUCCUGACAAAUCUGGUGUCUCUUCAGCUGUUUGAGAACCAGCUUUCCGGUGAAGUACCGGCUGAAUUGGGCCAGUUUAAAAAACUGGUGAAUCUUUCUUUGUACACCAACCAGUUGACUGGACCUUUGCCUAAAGAACUUGGCUCUUGGGCUGACUUUGAUUUCAUUGAUGUUUCAGAGAAUUUUUUGACAGGUCCGGUUCCACCAGAUAUGUGCAAGAAAGGUACCAUGAAGGGGCUUCUCAUGUUACAAAACAAAUUCACAGGUGAAAUUCCUGCGAGUUAUGCGAAUUGCUUGACUUUAGAGCGAUUCAGAGUUAGUAAAAACUCACUAACUGGAACUGUGCCAGCUGGAAUAUGGGGAUUGCCAAAUUUGAAUAUAAUAGACAUUGAGUUGAAUCAAAUUGAAGGGCCAAUCACUAAAGAUAUUGGAAACGCAAAAGCCCUUGCGCAGCUAUAUGCCGCAAACAAUCGGUUAUCUGGUGAAUUACCGGAGGAAAUUUCGGAAGCUUCAUCUUUUGUUACUAUUGAUCUGAGUAACAAUCAGUUUUCAGGCAAAUUUCCAGCGUCGAUUGGGGACCUGAAACACUUGAGCACUCUUAAGUUGCAGAACAACAUGUUCUCUGGUUCAAUUCCAAAGUCAUUAGGUUCAUGCAAUUCUCUAAGCGACCUAAACAUGGCUCACAAUUUAUUUUCUGAGCAAAUCCCAUCAGUUUUGGGGUCUUUACCGACUCUUAACUCUCUGAAUUUAUCAGAAAAUCAACUUUCUGGUCAAAUUCCAGCGAGUUUGUCAUCUUUGAGACUAGUUAUUCUUGAUCUGUCCAACAAUAGAUUAACUGGUCACAUUCCAGGAUCGCUCUCCAUUGAAGCAUACAAUGGUAGCUUCGCCGGAAAUCCUGGCCUCUGCAGUCAGACUAUUAGCUCCUUCAAGCGAUGCUCCCAGAAGUCAAAGAUAUCCAAGGAUGUCCUCACGCUCAUAAUUUGCUUUGCUUUAGGUACAGUGAUCUUGCUUGUCUCGUUUGCAUGUUUCUUCUACUUAAAGAAGAGAGAGAAAGAUCACGACCCUUCAUUGAAGGAAGAAUCUUGGAACAUGAAGCCUUUCCGUGAAUUAGUUGCGUCUGAAGAUGAGAUUAUUGAUUCCAUUAAGCAAGAGAAUCUGAUAGGAAAAGGAGGAUCUGGAAAUGUAUACAAAGUUAUGUUAUCCAGCGGUAAAGAACUUGCCGUGAAACACAUUUGGAAUAGUGAUACUAAUGGCCUGAAAAGAGCCCGGAGUACUACUCCAAUACUUGGUAAACGUGGCGGAAAGUCUCAGGAGUUCGAAGCAGAGGUACAGACCUUGAGCUCAAUAAGGCAUGUGAAUGUGGUGAAGCUGUAUUGUAGUAUUACUAGUGAAGACUCAAGCUUGUUAGUUUAUGAGUAUUUGCCUAAUGGGAGCCUGUGGGAUCGGCUGCACACGUCCAGAAAAAUGGAACUUGAUUGGGAGACAAGGUACGAAAUUGCAGUUGGGGCGGCAAAGGGGUUGGAGUAUCUGCAUCAUGGGUUCGUGAGGCCAGUUAUUCACCGGGAUGUCAAGUCUAGUAACAUUUUGUUGGAUGAAUUCUUGAAGCCUAGGAUUGCAGAUUUUGGGCUUGCUAAGAUUGUUCAAGCCAAUAGCAGUAAAGACUCCAGUCAUAUAAUUGCUGGAACCCACGGUUAUAUCGCUCCUGAAUACGGUUACACAAGCAAAGUUAAUGAGAAGAGUGAUGUGUAUAGUUUUGGUGUGGUAUUAAUGGAGCUGGUUACUGGAAAGAGGCCGAUAGAGCUUGAGUAUGGAGAGAAUACGGACAUAGUGAGUUGGGUAUGCAGCAACUUCAACAGUAAAAAACGUGUGUUAAGCCUUGUGGAUUCAAGAAUCCCAGAAGUUUUCAAGGAAGAUGCUGUGGAGAUAUUGCGAAUUGCAGUUCUCUGCACGGCAAGGCAACCAGUUAAAAGACCCACGAUGAGAAUUGUGGUUCAGAUGCUCGAGGAAGCUGACCCUUGUAAAUUAGUGAGAAUUGUCAUCAGCAAAGAUGGUACUGCUAAGAAAAUUGAAGUUAAGGAAAAUGAGAAAAUCAAUUCGAGUGCUUGAGUCUUUUCAGAUUAGGCAGUUGGGUUAGAAUUUCUUGGAUCAUUCGCUUGUUGUAUUUUGUAACAUAUUAGAUCUUGAUCACCUGUAAAAUAUUAGCUUGAGUUGUGUUUGUACGUAGUUGGUGGAGUCUGUAGUCUGUGGUGUUUUAUGUUUGUCACUUUUGCAGAAGAAGCAUAAAGAUGCAGAACCAAAUAAUAAUUUCCCAUCUUAAAUCUGUUUUCUAUUA